AAGAAACAGAACACACUUGUUGGAGAUCGAUUUUGGGUUCAGACUCUGUCUGUAAACUUGAUUGCCGCGAAGAUUUACACAAUUUCCACAGCAUCGAAUCUUAAAAAGAGCGAAAGUUUCUCUCUUUGGAGUGAGAUUUGGAGGGUGAGAUCGAGCUCUGGAGGGUGAGAUGAAAUCUUAAGAAGGAAAGAUGGGAAGAGAGAUGUCGUUUUUGUUACAGCCCAGGUGCCUUCUUCUCCUCGUAGCCCUAACGAUCUUUCUCAUCUUCGCGCUCUUCAACACCGGCAAGGAGGAGGAGAAGCAAGUGAUCCAGGAUUAUGAAAUCACACACAGAGUGUUUCUCGAUGUUGAUAUCGACGGCCAACGCUUAGGCAGGAUCGUUAUUGGAUUAUAUGGCACUGUUGUACCCAAAACUGUUGAAAACUUCAGGGCAUUAUGCACAGGAGAGAAGGGGAAAACUUCAAGCGGGAAGCCUCUACACUAUAAAGGAACACCAUUUCAUAGAAUAAUAUCUGGAUUCGUAAUCCAAGGAGGAGACAUCAUCCAUGGUGAUGGCAAAGGGAGUGACUCAAUCUAUGGUGGUACCUUUCCUGACGAAAAUUUCAAGAUUAAGCAUUCACAUGCAGGUGUUGUAGCGAUGGCUAAUACAGGACCUGAUUCUAAUGGCUCACAGUUCUUUAUCACUACUGUCAAGGCUAGCUGGUUGGAAGGGGAGCAUGUUGUGUUUGGGAAGGUGAUACAAGGAAUGGACAAUGUGUUCGCCAUUGAAGGUGGAGCCGGUACUUACAGUGGCAAACCAAGGAAGAAAGUUGUGAUUGCUGAUUCUGGAGAGAUCCCUAAAGACAAAUGGGAUGAAGAGAGAUGACAAAACGUAAAAGCUUACACAUCGCAGCAAAUCUUGGUCCUUUUCCUAUGAGAUCCUCUCUCUCUCUCUCUUUUUUUAUUUAUAGUUUUGCAGAUGUGAUGAUCUGAAUUCUGAAUACAAUGCCAAUGUAGUUAGUGUUUUUAAAGCUGGACGCAUCCUGUACCUCUUUACUUCAGUUUUCUUUUCUUCUCAUGAAUUUUACUUUAUUUAUAUGAUUUUCUUAGUUCA